GAAACACUUUCGACACAGACAGAGACUUCGACACAACCCCGGCAGUAGCAGAGUUGGUGAUGAAUCUGAAACGGGGCAAUAAAAUGCGAAGCAACUAAUCUGCCCGGAUCCAGAAAGACAGGAACUUAUCUACACACUGUAAAACAUUACUCUAUGAAAAUCAGUGCAGUAAAGUACAGAAUGGAGCAAUAACUAGAAAAAUGUUUAGUUUAUUGUAAUGAUUCAGACAGGCCUUAAUAAUUUCAGAUGCAUAAUGUUUCAAUGGCAGAAAAAAGUAAAUCAGUGAGUAUUUGAAAGAAAUAUAAAGGUGAAGUGCAGGUGAACUACAUACAGAACUCACACAGUAAAAGCUUCCUAUAGUUAAGUUCCUCCUCUCUAAUAAUGAGAUUACUGAAAGGAGGCAGGCUUCUACUGUUGCUGAAGAUCACUCUUGGACUGGGAUCACUAUGGAUGCUUUCCCUACUCAGUCACCCAAAAACAAGCUGGGAUCCUACCUACUUUCUCAGCUACAGCUGGUUGGAGUAUACAGAUGCUGAUGUCGGCCCGGAGACAGUGUGCAACUGUUCAGCGAUCCUGCGUGGAGAGAGGCAGGCACUGGACCAAGCCAAAUUACUGACUCUCACUAAAGACUUCCGCAAGAGUGUUCACAUCCCUGAUGAGUAUUACAUUAAUGCAACCAAAGACUGUAGGGAAUUCAAGUUAAGCAGAAAAUACUUAACACUCCCGUUAAGCCAGGAGGAAGAGGACUUCCCUCUGGCUUACUCUAUAGUUGUUCAUCAUAAGGUGCAGAACUUUGAGCGACUGCUGCGAGCCAUCUAUGUACCUCAUAAUAUAUAUUGUAUCCAUGUGGACAAAAAAUCAGAUCCCUCAGUCUUCUCUACCAUCAUGGCAAUUACUUCCUGUUUCCCAAAUACCUUCAUGGUCAGCCAGCCUGUGAGCGUGGUCUAUGCUGCCUGGCCACGCGUCCAGGCUGACCUUAACUGUAUGGCUGACCUCUAUAAAGCCAGCACAAAAUGGAAAUACUUCAUCAACCUUUGUGGCCAGGAUUUCCCCCUGAAAACCAACUUGGAGAUGGUGAGGAUGUUGCGUUCCUUGAAGGGCGGGAACAGCUUAGAGUCAGAAAAAAUGCCUGAGGGAAAGAAGUCAAGAGUGACAAAUUCUUACAAGAUAGUUGAUGGAAACAUCCAGGGGGCAGGAAAAGCGAAGGAGCCACCUCCCUUCAACCUACCCAUUCUGUCAGGAAAUGCCUACAUUGUGGUUAGCCGAGGCUACGUGCGCAGUGUGUUGGAAGACAGCCGAAUACAGACACUAAUUGAGUGGGCCAAAGACACCUACAGUCCUGAUGAAUUUCUCUGGGCAACCAUUCAGCGAAUCCCUGGUGUUCCUGGCUCAGCGAGGCCCAACACCAAAUAUGACAUGUCAGACAUGCAUGCCAUUGCACGACUGGUGAAGUGGCAGUGGCAUGAGGGGUCACUGGGUUCACUGGAGGCAGUGUACCCAGAGUGUCAUGGCAACCAUGUCAGGUCAAUCUGUGUAUAUGGUGCUGGAGACCUAAAAUGGAUGCUUAAGCAGCAUCACCUCUUUGCCAACAAGUUUGACAUGGAUACAGAUCCCAUUGCUAUCUACUGCUUGGAGAAGUAUCUGAGACAAAAAGCACUGGCUGAGUUGCACUAGGUGUAUUGGAGAUUUUUUUUUUUUCCUGCAAACCAAGAAUGGAAUCAUCUGAAGCAGCAGAUAAUUUCAUUUCAAGAUGUAUUUAAAAUUAUUUAUAUUUCUAGUAUCAUAAAAAAAAGUACAAAUACAAUGAAAUGGUUAAAAAAAAAUUUAAUUUGUGGCAAUACAUUUAAGUCCCGUUGCUGCUAAUUUAGAAGUUUAUAAACCUGACAUUUACAUCCCUCUACUUAAAAGUCCUGAAGAAAAAGCCAUUUAGGUUUUUGGAUGAGAAUAUGGGUGAAGCACUGGGAAAAACCCUACAGCAAAAUCUGCUGCAAGACAAGUGUGUAAGACAACAGCGAUCUCUAUCUGUAUUUUCCAGUGAAACAAUGUCCCCAAACGUAAACAUCUACCUUAACAAUCUAAGCGCAUGGCAGACAAAACAGCAGAAAAAAAGAUUGCAGCUCAAGGGACAUGGUUCAAAUGGGUUCUCUCUUAAUUUAUCAUGGACAGAUGUGGACAAAGAACACUGAGACACUAGAUACUCCUGGUCAAAUAUCGCUCCAAUACAAGUGAAAGUUGUUCAAAUUUUUACUUGAGUUACAGUACCGGGGUUCUUGCUUUUAAAAAUAUUUAAGUAUUCAAAAGUACAUUUUUAUAUGUCUGACAGUGUAGGAGUUGGCUGUGAUUGUUUUUUCUCCUGUGACAAAUACAACACAUGGUUUAUAUAAUAUACAGUACUGUGCAAAAGUUUUAGGCAGGUGUGAAAAAAUGCUGUAAACUAAGAAUGCUUCCAAAAAUAUAAAUAAUUGUUUAUUUUUAUCAAUUUACAAAAUGCAAAGUGAGCGAACAAAAGAAAAAUCUAAAUCAAAUCAAUAUAUAUUUGGCGUUACUAACCUUUGCCUUCAAACCGGCAUCAAUUCUUAUAGAUACACUUGCACAAAGUCAGGGAUUUUGUAGGAUUAUAGUCAGGUGUAUGAUCAACUAAUUAUACCAAACAGGUGCUAAUGAUCGAAACACAGUCAUUUACUGAAACAGAAACAGCUGUGUAGGAGGCUUAAAACUGGGGGAGGAAAAGCCAAACUCUGCUACCAAGGUGAGGUUGUGGAAGACAGUUUCAUGUCACAGGUCAUACACCAUGGCAAGACUGAGCACAGCAACAAGACCCAAGGUAGUUAUACUGCAUCAGCAAGGUCUCUCCCAGACAAAGAUUUCAAAGCAGACUGGGGUUUCAAGAUGUGCUGUUCAAACUCUUUUGAAGAAGCACAAAGAAACGGGCAACGUUGAGGAUCGUAGACGCAGUGGUCGGCCAAGGAAACUUAGUGCAGCAGAUGAAGAACACAUCAAGCUUAUUUCCCUUCGAAAUCGGAAAAUGUCCAGCAGGACAGAGGGAGAAUAGACUGAAACAACCAUCAUCGCGGUCCUGAGGAAAGACAAGCUGACCCUGAUCAAAAAGCGGGAAACAUCAUCGGGCAGGAGGACCACCCACUCCUGGAACUCCAGCAGGCCAGAUUCAAAAUGCUGAAGUGAAUUUGGUGGAGUCAGUGUGGCAGUGUUCUGCACAGGAACACCCACCUAAGCUACAUUGAGAUGCUGCUGCAGCCCUUUGGAAGCAUCGCACAGUUAAAGAUCCUGUUCAUCCUGUUGGUGCAAAUUUGUUUUUGUUAAUUCUUUUUGAAAAGUUUGAUUCACUGUGACAUCAUAAUGUUCUGCUAAAAGACUUUUAUUCAAUGCUGAGAAAAACAUUCUAAGUUACAGUGGGACUGGUUAGCAGAGGGGUUUACUGUUUUAAUCAAUAAUUACCUGCCUUAUAUCUGAUGUCCAAACUAUUUGUUAAAUCUGGCAGAUUAAAGGAAAGCAUUGUUCAUGAAUAUAUAUUUUCCAUCUACCAAUUUAAUGAUUUUAUCUCUCGUGUUUUUUCUAAAUGUGCUGACUGGAUUGGUGGCAACACUGUGAUGGCUGGGGACUUUAACUGUUACUUUUGUACAGUGAUGGAUAGAUCUCUAAUAUCUCUGAAUCUUUUAAAGUAAUCUGGGGUGUUCCACUGGGUUUAUUAUUAUUAUUAUUAUUAUUAUUAUUAUUAUUAUUAUUAUUAUUUAUAUGAUCUCUGUAAAGUGUCAAAAUGAUUCACAUGUAUCUUAUUUACAGAUGACACUAAUUUAUCUUUUGUCCUGGGAAGACUUCAAAUGGCAUUUUGAGAAAUUAAAUUAAAAAUUAAUAUCAGUCAA